CCGCUCCUCCCUCUCCCUCUCUCCCUGUCCCAUUCUCCCUCUCUCUGCCCCCAUGUCCGAGCCCGGACCCGCUGCCCCCGCCUGCCCGGCCGCUGGAGCCGAGAAUGGGGUCCGCGAUGCCGCAGCGAGCGGCGCCCGUCCCGUCCACGGAGCCCUGGCCGGCAGCGAACAGCUCGGCACCGGCACCGGCACCGGGCAGGCGGCGGAGCGCAUGAGGAAUAAACUGGUUGAUGUCUGUGAGAAGCUGCAACUGAGGAUAGCUUCAGUGACCAGGUUCGAGGCAGAUACUCUGAACAGUAAAGACCACAACGUUAAGGCAAAGGCGAGCGAGUCCAGGGAGCUGAUCAUCCAUCGUGUGAACUUCAUCCGCGAGGUGUGUGAGAAUGAGGAGCAGCGACUGCUGGAUAUUAUCCACGAUGAGGAGGAGCGAGUCCAGCAGAGCGUUCUAACACAAAAAACCUACUGGGCAGAGGCGCACCACAAGCUGACGGACAUUAAAAUGUACCUGGUGGACAUGCUGACCAAAAUGGACGAUGUUGCACUUAUGGAACAACAGAAGGAAAUACUUGAAAAAGCAGAGGAAGCAGAGGGGAUCCUGGAACCUAAGGACUCGAACAAGCUGAACUUCAACCUUGCCUGUGGCCGCAGUAAUCUCCUCAGUAGCCUGUGGGUAUCUGCGACCAUGCUCUGCAUGGCAGGUGCCGAAGAUGUUCACGUUGAUGAGAAAACGUUGCACCCAUCCUUGGUAUUAUCCGAAAAUAAAAAGCGAUUGACCUAUGCAAGCAAGAGGGUGCAUUUGUACCCAGAUGGCCCUGAACGCUUCGACCACUGGCCCAAUGCUCUGGGACUGGAGUCUUUCCAAAGUGGACUCCACACCUGGAGGGUGGAUGUGGAGAGGAGCUGUGCCUACAAAGUAGGGCUGGCAUCCGACUGCCUUGCCCGUAAAGGUGCUGGCAAUGAUUGCCGGCUGGGAUAUAACCCGUCUUCCUGGGUCUUCUCCCGGUACGAUGGAGAAUACACAGUUGCCCACGAUGGGCAGGUGAAGAGUCUGGAUCUGUUGAGGCGUCCAACAGCCAUUGGUGUGCUUGUAGACUACGAUGGAGGUGAAAUCCUCUUCUAUGACCCUGACACCUGUGCCAUACUACAGAGUUACAGAACAAAGUUCACCCAUCCCAUACACGCGGCCUUGGGUGUAGUAGAUGAAAGUAUCUCAAUCAUCUAGAAGCAUGUUUGUGGAUCGCAGGAUCAAAUUCUCACCUAAUAUUUUGGCCCUGGAAUACCCCUAUUCUAGGACUACACUCCAGUGGUAUAGACUGGACAUCAACAUCUGUGCCAAAAAUGGGUUCAACUCCCAAACGGAGUCAUCAACAUACUGAUGUUUCAUUCCUGGGUCAGAGUUUGGAUAAGAUGUUGACCGUUUAGGAAAGGUUGGGUAUUUGCUUCAGUUGUUUUCUGAUCUUGUUUGCCUUUAGAAAAAAAAACUAUUUCCUUGUUAGUGUAAUUUUAAAUAAAAGUCAUACUUGGGAGUUGGUGCUUUGGCCAGCCUAGGAUUCCCUCAUGGCCAAUGGUUGUCUUGAGGAGAAACAUAGAAACAUAGACAACAGGUGCAGGAGUAGAGGCCAUUCGGCCCUUCGAGCCUGCACCAUUCGCCAUUCAAUAUGAUCAUGGCUGAUCAUCCAACUCAGUAUCCCGUACCAGCCUUCUCUCCAUACCCCCUGAUCCCCUUAGCCACAAGGGCCACAUCUAACUCCCUCUUAAAUAUAGCCAAUGAACUGGCCUCAACUACCCUCUGUGGCAGAGAGUUCCAGACAUUCACCACUCUCUGUGUGAAAAAAGUUCUUCUCAUCUUGGUUUUAGAGGAUUUCCCCCUUAUCCUUAAGCUGUGAGAAGCUGGCGAGGUGCCUUAUUGAACUGUGUAUGAAGGAACUGCAGAUGCUGGUUUACACCAAAGAUAGACACAAAAAGCUGGAGUCACUCAGUGGGUCAGGCAGCAUCUCUGGAGAGGAUUGGGUGACAUUUCAGGUCGAGACCCUUCUUCAAACGUCACCCAUUCCUUCUCUCCAGAGAUGCUGCUUGACCCGAUGAGUUACUCCAGCAUUUCAAGUUCAAGUGAGUUUAUUGUCAUGUGUCCCUGUAUAGGACAAUUAAAUUCUUGCUUUGCUUCAGCACACAGAAAAUAGUAGGCAUUUACUACAAAUCAGUUAAGUGUGUCCAUAUACCAUAAUAUAAAUAUAUACACACAUGAAUAAAUAAACUGAUAAAGUGCAAAUAACAGAAAAUAGGUUAUUAAUAAUCAGAGUUUUGUCCGAGCCAGGUUUAAUAGCCUGAUGGCUGUGGGGAAGUAGCUAUUCCUGAACCUGGUUGUUGCAGUCUUCAGGCUCCUGUACCUUCUACCUGUGUGGCCAGGAUGGUGUGGGUCUUUGAUGAUACUGCCAGCCUUUUUGAGGCAGCGACUGCGAUAAAUCCCCUCGAUGGACGGAAGGUCAGAGCCGAUGAUGGACUGGGCAGUGUUUACUACUUUUUGAGCCUUAUUGAACUCCAGGGAUUGAAUUAAAACAAGUGAUGGGUGGGGCAGGAGACUCACACAGGCCAGGCCAGGCCAGGCUCGAAAGGAAUUACUUCCCUAAAGAACCAGUAGGUUUUUAUUUUACUCCAGUAACUUCAUAACCACUUUUAUGUUACCACAUUUUUAUUUUCAUGUUUUUAGAAAUAACUAACUCACUAUUAUUUUAAGUGACUCAUUUAUGAGAUUCCACAAUAUUACCAUAUCUAACCUCAAUGGUAAAAUGUUGACACGAGAUCUUUGAGAGUAAAUGUUGGCAGGCCAUUUCACUGUCAGGCACUUCUUGAAUGGAAGAACAAACUUUAGACUUCAGGGAUGGAGCGUGGAAAUAGGCUCUUCAGUCCAGCAAGUGCUGGCCAGCCAGAACCCCCCCCCCCCCCGUACACAAGCACUAUCCUACACACCAGGAGCAAUUUACUUUACCAAAGUGAAUUAACCCACAAACCUGUUAGUCUUUGGAGUGUGGGAGGAAACUGGAGCACCCGGAGAAUACCCAUGCAGUCAGAGGGAGAACAUACAAACUCCGUACAGACAUCACCUAUAGUCAGGAUAUUAUCCCAGGUCUCCCGCUGCACCACAGUGCCAUGAAAGAAACUUUGGAUGAUUCCCCCCUAAGUUGAGCUCACAGUGAUAAUCACAACACUACCACUGUCACCUGGUAACUGGUGAUCCAAACCUAGUUGCUGGCAGCUGUCAUGAAGCUUUCAGUGUUGGCAGUUUGUGAAAGGAAAUGUCUGAUAUUCAGACAUGAGCACAUUGGUCUAGAACUCAGAACCUUCAGACUCUUUUGAGGCCGUGUAGUUAGGAGGAUCUUAGUUCAAUGUGCAGUGUGAAUGACCAGGUGAUACUGAGAUGAAGAGGCUAGAGAGCUCAGUAGCUUGACCCAGCUCCUACACAUGUCCUAAUUCACUGGGAUUGCUAUACUGAUCCAUUGUAGACAGUCGUGAUGUGAUGCCCAUGUUCUAUUGCCCCCUCACCUCCAUUGCUCUCUGCCCCUUUGUCGCUCCAUUCAUCUCUCUCUGCAUGUAUCUGUCUCUCCCUCUCUCCCCCUUCUAGCUGUGUCACACAACCACAGACCAAAGGGCCUGUUUCCAUGCUGUGGGACUAGAGUAGAUGGGGCAUCUUGGUCAGCAUGGGCCUAAGAACCUGUUUCCUUGCUGUGUGACACUAUGAACCUUGAAGAGGAUUUGGAAAGUGUUGGAUGAUAAUCUUCUGGCUUGAACUGCAUUGAACGGGAAUUGUAAUGCCAUGCCCAACCCAAGGGAAAAGUUCAUAGAAGUGGUUAAACUAUAUUUUAAAACAUGUUUACUUCUGAAUUCUAGAGGUAUUAAAGCAUAGGUGUUUGGGGUGGGGGGGAUGGGAAUGGCUUGUGGAAGCUGGAGCAGGGGGAGGUAUGGAGGGAUGAUAUACAGAGUUAACAAGUCCAGUGGCAGUGAGAUACGGUUCUGCUGUAUUGAAAGACAUAAGAAAUAUGGUGGUGGAAAAGGGUUCAUCCAAAUUCUGAUUUCAAAGGGAUUAAAGUUAGAUGCCUAGGGCAUGCCAUUUUAUAGAAACAAAGAACUGCAGAUGCUGGUCAAUACACAAAAAGGCUCAAAGUGCUGGAGUAAAUCAGCAGGUCAGGCAGCAUCCCUAGUGACCAUUUCAGGUCGAGACCAUUCUUCACUCUGAUGAGAUGCCACUUGACCUGCUGAGUUACUCCGGCGCUUUGUGCCAUUAUUUUAUGCUCUCUGCCUCCUAUUGAUUACCACGGAGCUCAGAAAUAUGCUCCAAACAUAUUGUUCUGGUGACUGAAAGGAUUAUUGCUGUCAUACUUUCUAAGCUGAAUGAACAUCCUUGCCCAUUACAGGGUCACAGGUUGCACCUCUGGAGCCGUAUCGUGCCUGGACCCUGAUAGUUACUGAUGAAUGUAUUAUUUAUUUUGUAGCCUCUUAUAGUUCAGCAGAAAUAUUUAAACUCAUGUUUGUACUUUUGACAUAUGAAUAUAUCUUCAUUCAACACAAUUGUGACCUCCAGUCUUUAAUGACCAGUGCAUUCUCUGAUCCUACACGUUAAAAUGCCAAGUUCUUCCAUACGAGGACACUAAGACACAAUGUGGAAGAGCCGGAGAGAGGCACAGAGGGAAGUUAUUCAGUAGUCUCUGUCUAAAAUUGCCCCUUGCCUCUUUCAUGAAUCAUGAAAUAUGUAGCUAUUGAUGAGCAAUUGAUAGCAGUAGCUACCUAAACCUCAGUAGAUAAAAUGGUGCAGCUGCAUAGUGGGCAAGGCAGAUAAGAUUGUGGGGAAAUAUUUAUCUUCUAUGAAUUAUGCAAGUGGUUGAGAGGGAAGUAUAAGACCAUGAACUCACUGUAGUCGAUGGUUCAGACCAUUGUCCCAAUAUGAUGCGGCAGAAUCUAUGAUUUCCACAGGAUCGUUACUUAUUAGUCAAGAGU